AUGGCGAAAGACUCUUCUUGGGCGUACCUGCCAGAUGAUCUCCUGCUCCUGGUCCUCCGCCGCCUCACGUCCCUCGCGGACCGCGUCCGAGCAGGCGCCAUCUGUAGACCAUGGCGCUCCGCCGCCGGCCAGCUCCCACCGAGGCGGCUCCCGUGGGUCAUGUUCGGCAACGGCACCCUCUUCGACCUGGCAAACGACAGCGCGACGCACCCGCACCACCGCCUGCGUCUCCCCGACGAUUGCUGGCGCUACAGCGCCGGCGAGAACAUGUUGUUCCUCGUGCACCAGCGCGACGGUAGCUGCUCCCUCUUGAACGCUCUCUCCGGCGUCACCACCCGUCUCCCCGAGCUAGCCGGCCUCCUGCGGACUUACGACGUCCGGCAUCGUCGACUGCGGAACGAGCUCAGCUGCACCCCCCACAACCACAACGAGCUCAGGGGCAUCCUCCGCUCCUGGUGGGGCCAAACCGAGCCCCCCAUGAAAGCUAUAGGGAAGGUGGUGGUGUCCUCCUCGGCGUCAGACGACGAGCCCAUCGUCGUCGCCGUCCUGAUCGGACGCGAUGUCAUCGUGUCCACUUGCCGACCGACCGGCGAGAGCAGCUCAGUCCUCCUGGGGGAUCUACAUCACGAGGCCAUCGACAUUGCCCUUUUUCAAGGGAAAAUCUACGCGCUCUCCAGGGGCCAUGUCCUCGAGACCCUUGACCUCAGCAAUGGCCACCAAAAAGGCUUCAAACUCAAGUACAGUACCGAACUCAUGAUAAAGCACCCAUGGCAAAACCACCACCACCAACAUUUCCAAGACGGUUUUCCCUUGGUCGAGAUGUAG